AUGGCACCCGAACGCUUUGAUCAACGCCAUGCGGCGGCAGCGGAAGCGGAAGGAGAGUCGAGCACCUGGAAGGAAUGGCUUCUCUCCAAUAACAGGAAACUGGCAUUUGACACAGACAUCGGACCGGAAGCCUUGACUCAGGUGGUGGACUUGUGUGCAGGGAUGGGGGGUUUCACUGCUGCGGUGGACCGGCUUGGAUUUAAGGCCAUGGCUGGGGUGGAUCAGAAUGGGGCAUGGCGUGGACUUUACCAGUCUUUGCAUGCUGGUGCUUCCUUUCAUGUUGGUGACCUUUUGGACCCUGGGGUCAUCCGAGAUCUUUGUGGGCGUGAGUUGUUUCAUGGAAUUGUAUGCUCAGGAGUUUCAUGUCAGCCACACUCCGUCUUGGGCGACAGGAGGGGCAUGUCAGAUCCCAGGUCCGAAUCACUUCCCAAGUCACUUCAUUUGGGUUGGUUGCUUCAAGCUGCUGUUUUGGUUUUGGAAUGUACGCCUGAAGUUUUGCGAGAUGCCCAGGCACAAGAAGUGUUGAGACAAUUUUCCAUUACCACGGGUUACAGGGUUACCCAGGGCAUUCUCAAGUUGGGCAACACUUGGUGUACUCGUCGAGAUCGUUGGAUUGCAGUUUUGACCGCCCCAGUGCUUCAGUGUUGUGAGCUGCCUGACAUGCCAUCCGGCACCAGCAUCAGGGCGGUUUGGAUCAAGUUGGCUGAACAACUUCCCACCUUGCUUCACAGUGCAGGAAACCAGAUGUAUACAUGUGCUUGUGGUUGCCGGGCUGCCUUGUCAGAGAAACGGUUGAAACAGAAGGGGCUUGUAGGUACUUUGAUCCCGCUUGCCACCUACCAGAAACACAUGAACCAGACCAUGCAACAUGCCAGGUACCUACACCCGGUUGAAAUGUGGGCACUCAUGGGGGGCGUCCCUAAAGUUGACAUGGGGCGCAACUUGAGACUUGCGAUGUCUGGUGUUGGUCAAGCUGUUUCUCCGUUGAUGGGGCUCUGGAUUUUUGCCCACAUCCGUCGCUGCUUGGACUUGACUUUUGAGGUGCCACCUUGUCAGUCUGUGCGGGUCCUUGAAGCAUACAUGGAUGAGGUUGUUGCUGCUUGUCGGGAGAAGUGGCCUUUGCCUCCACCUCCUGGGGUGCCUGCCACGGUUGAAGAUCCCAUUGAGGAUUGUGACAUGCCCAUGGUGGACUGUUUGACCUUGUCCCGUUCGGUUCCUGGUGAGCCUGAUCUUCAGAUGAAGGUCUCACCUGACUCCACGGGAGCACACUUGCUUGCGGCUGAGACCAAACUGGGCAACGAUGUUACGGGCUUUCAAGUCCGUGUCGAUGGUGAACCUGUGGACUUGAACUCUGUUCUGCCGUCUGCUGCAUUGGUUUCUAUUGUGCCUCCCACAUGGACCCCUGAGUCUUUGAAUGCCAGUCCAGUCAUUCCGUGUUGCCUGGAUGCAGAUGAGUUUUUGAAGUACGCCCGAGCCUCAAAUGCUGAAGAUCCAGGGCCUGUCACUGAUCAUGAGAUGUUGUCGUCCUUGCGUACUCCCUCCAUGUCUAGGUGCGAACGUGUCAGCCUCCUAGGGAUGCAGGGCCCGGUGUGGGGUGAUGAUGAAGUGUUGCAUGGACUUGUGCAAACAGCCAUAGGCACUGAUGUGGAUCAACAUGUCCAUGUGUGGGACCCGUUGUUGGUCACAGGCUUGGUGAAGCAUGAGGUCUCAGCCACGUGGGCCAGCAUGGUGCGGCAACUUGGUUUUGAAGCCACGGUGGUGUCGGCAGUCCUGUUGGGUGGGCAUUGGAUUCCUUUGGUGUGGAGAGUUGAUGGAGUGGGAGCCAAGUUGCACACGUUGGCUGUCCCUUCGGAGUAUGAACAGACCAUGCAGUUUCUGAGCCGGGUGAUUGAAUUUCACCGGGGAGGGGCCAUGGGGGUCUGGAAGUCGCAUGACAUCGGGUUCACACCGGCUGGCUACUGUGGGGCACUGGUUGUGGCUUUCGUUCGUCACUUGCUGUGGGGUUGGUUGAUGGUCACUGAUCAUGAUUCCUUGGUUUACUACUCCACUGGACUUCGAAAGGAGUUUGCUGAUGAUGUCCCUGAUCUGUGUCCUCGGCCUUUUCUUGCUGGAUUAGGGGUGUCUGUGCAGACUCGCUUAGCUGAUCUUUUGGUGCAGCAUGGCGUGCCACAUGUCGAAGCAUCAGGACGUUCUGCCAUGGCCUUGAAAGCAUUGGGGGAAACUGAGGUCGCAAAAGCACUUGAUGCCAGCAACCCAUGGCGUGAGCUUAAGUGGUUAGGCAAUCAAUGUAGGCCCCCAUUCAUGUUUAUCAAGCCCUCUGAACUUCAGGUCCAAAUUGAUCGUCGAACGGUUGACAAGCCUAUUGGACACAAGAAGCACAAGCAUACCAAGCCCAAGGGUAAAGGAAAGGGUAGUGCUUCCCCUGUGAGUGUUGACCCCGCUCAGCUCAGGUUGGAACCAGGCAUCUUCCAUAGUGAAAGUGGUCAGCCACUUGCACAGAUUGGACUUACCCAAGUGCGAGGUUCGGCUUCUGGAGUCGUGGUUGUGUCGGUGACUGUCAUUGAGCCAUACCUCAAGGCUCAGCACCCGCUCUCGUCUGGCCCUUUGGCACUGUUUGUGGUGGAUGCUUUGACUGCCCCUCAGACAUCCCUUCCGGUUACCCAAGAACGUGUGCCCUUGGUUUGUGCUGUCAAUUCUGAGCCAUUGCUUGUUGAUGGGUUCUUGGUGCAACUUGGUGCGUCGCCUGUCACAAGGGCUCCUCUGCAACCCAACAUUCAGGUGCAGUCCAUUGCCACAUGUGUGGUUAAAGCCCUGGUGUUCCGUGAUCAGACCGAAGUGCCGUGGAGUGAGGUGGUGGCCCAUCCUAUGCUGCACAUUUUUGCCCAGGUGCCUCCGUUGCAACAGUGUGGUGAUGAAGAAUGUUGCGGUUGUGAGGGUUGGCUUCGUACCUCGGCCUUUCCCAUGGACUCACCGGUGAUGGAAUUGUGGGGCAAACAGUGGCUUCGUUUGGACUUUAGCCACGCUUCCCCUUCUGAAGCCGAGCUCUUUACAGCUCACAUCCGAAUGCCUGAACAUUUGCAACUUGUGGCACAGCACUUUUCAGGACAUGCCGGUGUGUACUUAGAGCCGAAAUCGUUGGAUGGUCGUCGUCCGUCUCAGGACUUCCAGGUGGUGUGGUUGCCCAAGGCUGAUAUGUCCCAGCUUACUGUCCAACGUCAGACGGUUCCUCAUGUGGUUGGGCUGGCACGGUUAGGCAAUAAAAUGGGUCUGAGGUGCUGUACUUCGCAUGCUGCUGAGGUCUUUGCGGUUGUCAAGCCAGGGCACUUGUUUCUUCCUCCGGGCCGUCGUCAGACUUUUCUGGUUGGACCUUUUGCCUUUGGCACAUUGCAGUCUUCAGUUGCCCAGGUUCUUCGGGAUAAUGGAUGGGUGGCUAAACCAGUGCAAGCUGUGGCGACCAAGUCACAUGUCCAAGGGUUGAUGUUCCGAGUCCAGUCUGUGCAGGACCCACCCCAGAAGGUUCUGAGGAUGUCACAUGGUGAUGUGGUUAUCUCCAGGGAAGCUGAUCCUGAGCAGCCUGACCGCAGCGUCCCCAAGCUGGUGGCAACGUCAGCUACGGAGUCUUUUGUUUCCAAGCCAUGUGAAGGUGACUACAUCCAGAUGAAUGACCCUUGGGCCAAAGCUGCUAGCAAGCUCCCAGCGAAAGCCACCACCUUUCCUAUUGGUAAUCCCCUUGAAGAUGUGGCUCAAAAGGUUUUGGCAGAGGUGAUGUCCAAGCUGCCUCAGACUAGCAUGGAAGUUGACGGUGAUGAAUCGGCCAACAAGCGAGUUGAAGCUUUGGAACAACAGGUCUCAGACCUUCAUGGCCAAGCUCAAGCCCUGGCUGCUCAGGCACAACAACAUGCGCAGGACACUCAGGGGCAAUUCACUGCCUUGCGAGGUGAAAUACAGCAGCAGGGUGCUCACUUUGACCAAGCGAUUGCAGCACAAGCCAGCACCAUGCAAUGUUUUCAGGAUUCCUUUUCUGAACAAUUUCGACAACAGGUGAGCCACCAACAGCUCAUGUUAGACAGCAUGUUUAGCAAACAGAUGGAGCAGUUUGAGAAUCUCCUGAACAAACGGCCACGACAGGACUGGCUUUGGAUGAUCGUUGGCAUUGGACUUUGCCAUGGGUAUUUGGCCAGAUGGAUUCCCGGCCAUCCUUGGGUCGUUCCUUUUUCGGUUUUGGGACUUUUGCGGAUGGUUUGGCGUGGUUGGGUCAUGUCAGUUGUCCGUCUUGUCCGACUUUUGGUGGAUUACUGCGCGGUUUGGUGGACACAGCGUGGAAUUUUGGAUUUCAGUCCAUUCACUGGGUGCCAAAUGUUGGAUGCUCAGAUGCGGCAGCAUGGUUUCUGUGAGUGGACUUGGGCUUUCCCCAUCUCUUCUGUGGAGGUCGUAGUGCCUUGGUUUCGUUCUCACCGUACAGGGAGGUGGUGGUGGAUAAUCUGUCUUUUCUGGCUGCUUCGGGUCGGUGAAGCGAGUCACCCUGGUCCGGCUUCACCAGGCACUGAGCUGUGGACUUUGGGGGUGGCCAACCCUAGUGGUCUCAAUGGCAAGUUGGAUCAGGUCAAUCAUUUGGAAGGUGAUGCCUGGAUUUUGGCUGAGACACAACUGUCUGGCAAAGGGGUUUCUGACUUCAAGAAGGGUCUGCGUAUGUUGCGUAGCCAAUGGAAGUACACUGUUCCUGGAGCCCCAUGUCCCAAGAGGGCUACCACUGACACGGGCUCACAUGCAGGUGUUCUGUUUGUGUCGAAACAACCUUCGCGGGCUCUGGCUCAUGGGUUUGACCAGCAGGUUUUUGAUACUGCCCGACUUCAGGUGGUUGGUGUGGCGGUUGCCGAUCAGUGGAUCACUGUUGGAAUGUUGUAUGGCGUGCCUUGCAAUGCCCACCAUAAACAUGCCCGUUUUCAGACUGAUGUCAUGCUGGCUGAGCUUGUGGACCGGGUGGGCCUUCAGGCCACGGGACCACGGGCCAUUGGUGGGGACUUCAACUAUGGGCCGGAUGAGCUGGACCAGCUGGACCGCUUGCGUGAGUUGGGCUUUCGUGAGGUUCAGGACUUGCGUGCCUGGCGUGCUGGGAUAUCCACUGAAGCUACGGGAAGGGGAUCCAAACGCAUCGAUCAGCUAUGGAUUUCUCCAGAACUUCAGCAUGCCUACGUUGAUACUCGGGUGGUGUUUGAUCAUUGGGCUGACCAUGCUUCGGUGUGUGUUUCCUUUUCCCUUGGUGGUCUUCAGCAAGAACACUUGGCUUGGCAUAUCCCUCAACCCUUCCCUUGGCCUUCGGAGUGGACUUGUACGCCUCAGGUGGACUUGCGGGCAGACUUGACUGUUGCCUAUGCACAAUUUUGGAAUCAGGUUGAAACACAGGCCAGAUGUUGGCUCCAGCAUGAAGGGGUCCACACUUCCAAAAAGCAGUUGGGGCGAGCUAGUGUUUUGGCGCCUACGCCAACAAAGGAGUAUGCCAGCCCUUUGAAAAAGGGGCGACGGGGUGACAUCCAACCCACCUUCGUGGGGACUAGCUUGCAACAUGCUCGUUACUUCCGGCAGCUUCGCCGAUUGCAGUCGUUGUGCCGUCAGCUUGCCAAGGGGGUCACAACGUGGCAGGGUCAGCUGAACCGGGAUGAAACAUGGCGGGCUAUCAGGAAUGCGUCAGGAUUUCCUGGGGGUUUUGGACUUUGGUGGGGGGCUUCUGGACUUCGGCCACUCUUGGCCGGGCCUCUUCCCCUGCUUUGCCCUCCAUUGGAUUUUGCCAAGGGCCUCUUUGACGGGUUUCAGGGUUUUGUGCGGCAGUAUGAGCAGCAGCUGAUGCGCGACAGGUACCAAUGGGCCAAGUCCAGACGGGAACAUCACCUGGCUUAUGUGUUCCGAGACUGCAAGGAAGAUCCUCUUCCUCAAGCUGAUACUUUGAUUGAUCAGGUGGCUAUUGGGGUUGACGAAGUUCGCCCUGAAGACUCCUCGGUGGUGUUGGUUCAGCCGGUCUCCUUACUUGAGGGUUUGCCAGUUGUGGUUGGUGGUCGGGUGGUUGAGGUCGUUGCUCACUCAGAUGACCAGGUCUGGGUGGAAACAGUUGAGGGUUUGCAACCGGGCAUGUGGCUCACCCAGGAGCGUGCUGUCCAUACUGACCAAGCUAUCCUGGAUCGCUUUGCUCAGGUGUGGGGGCCGCGUUGGCUGAAGUUGUCUCAUGUUCAGGAGGGCCAAUGGGAUCAAAUCUGUGGGUUUCUGUCGCGUACUGCUCGUCCUGUGUCUUGGCGGUGGUCCCCUUGGACCGUGGACCGAUUUCGGACUGCAGUGGCCCAUAAGAAAGCAAAGGCAGCAAAGGGUCCAGAUGGGGUUUCCAGGGCCGACCUAUUGGCUUUACCGCCUGUAGCAGCUCAGACCUUGGUGGAUUUGUAUCAAGCUGUUGAAGCUGGUCAGCCUUGGCCUACUCAGUUGGCUACGGGUUUUGUGUCGAGCCUAGCCAAGACCCCUACUGCUCACCAGGUGGAUGAAUUUCGUCCGGUGGUUGUCUAUAGCUUGGGGUACAGAGUUUGGUCCACUGAGCGGGCUCGGGAGGCUCUUCAGUCUGUUGCUCAGAUCCUGCCAGAUAGCGUUCAAGGUGGGGUGCCCUCCCGACAGGCCAAAUCGAUUUGGUUCGAACUUGCCUCAGUUUUGGAAAUGGCCUACCUGAAUGACACUCCGGUUCAUGGUUUGCUGAUGGACAUUCAGAAAUGUUUCAACAACAUCCCACGCAAGCCGCUGUGGCAAGCUUUGGCCUUGAUGGACUUUCCUGUUGCUACUCUCCGUCCGUGGGUUGCCUUUGUUGCUGCUCAGUGUCGUCGUUUCCGUGUCCGGCGUUCUGUUGGAGAGCCGUUGUUUUCCACUUGUGGUCUUCCGGAGGGUUGUGCCUUGUCGGUCUUUGGCAUGACGGUGGUCGACUGGAUGUUGGAUUGGUGGUUGAAGCACCUGGAUGUUCCUGUGGACUUGCGUACCUUUGUCGAUGAUUGGGGUCUGCUCUUCCGGGACUCUGAUGCCUUCUCCCGCAUCUGGGCAUCCAUGGAAGCUUUCACGGGGCAAUUGGACUUAGCCGUGGAUAUGGGAAAAACGAGGGUGUGGUCUACCAAUGCGGGGGCCAGAAAAGACUUCCGCCAGACAGAGGUCAAAGUAGCCCUUGCAGCCCGUAACCUUGGGGCACACCAGAACUUCAGCCGACACUGCCACAACGGUGAGCUUCAGAAGCGUCUAGCACGCAUGCCUGCGAUCUGGGUUCGGUUGCGAGCCAGUCAUGGCCCCUACCGUCACAAACUGAGUGCGGUGCACCUUUUGGCCUGGCCACGUGCUUUGCAUGCUGUCACGGUUGUUCAUGUUGGGGAGUCCCACUUUAAGGCCCUCAGGGCGGGAGCAGUGCGUGCCUUGCGGGCCGAUCGAAAAGGCACUAAUCCCUACUUGCACUUGGCCUCUUCGGCUGUCCAAUCAGACCCUGAGGCUUGGGCCAUUUUACAGACACUGCGGGACACACGUGAGCUUGGUCACCCUGAUCAGGUUGAGUCUCUUUUGGGGUUGUUUGCUUCUGAUGAUACCCGUUUGCCGUCGAAUGGUCCUACGGCUGUCUUGGUCUCACGUCUCCGAAGAUUGGGAUGGGGAGUUGGAAGUCAUGGUCUCCUCCAAGACCGUUUUGGUUCCUUUAGCUUGAUGCAGGUUCCCUGGGAUGAAUUGGUGCUGAGGUUUCGGUUGGCUUGGGGUUUUGUGCUGUCUGAACAGCUGACACAUCGGCCUACCUUUGCUGGGCUCGACCAUGUGGACUUAGGAGAAUUGCAUCGGGUGCUGAAGCAGUUUAGUCCUGCGGACCAGGUGUUCCUGCGUUGCCAUUUGGAUGGUACUCUCUUUACGCAAAAUGCCAGGGCUAAGUUCCAACAAGGGGUUACUGACAAAUGUCCGUGGUGUGAUGCCACUGAUGGAUUUCAUCAUCGGGCUUGGAUUUGCCCACACUUUGCCUCCUGCCGUCUUCAUGUGACACCAGCUCAGUGGGCUGCCCUUGAGGUUUUACCUCCGUGCUUGGUUGAUCAUGGGUGGCCUUUGCUUCUGCCGGAAUGGGAGGUUGUGGCGGGUAUGUUGCUUCGGGAUGAUGGAUUUUCUCAGAUGUCACCAGUUUGUCCCCCCAAUAAUGGUUUCCAUACACGGCUUGAGUUGUUUUUGGAUGGCACCUGUGCCUACCCUCAUGAAGCACGCCUGCGGUAUGCGGCAUGGGCUGUUACAUUGGUGGUGGGUGCAGCAGGAUCACUGGAUAACCAACUCUUGUUCGGAGGUCACGUCAUGGGCCUGUGCCAAUCAGCGUUUCGGGCCGAACUCACAGCAGUCGUCAGAGCAGUACAAUGGGCUGUGGCGAGGCACCAGCAGGUGCGACUAUGGUGUGACUGCCAGGGUGUUAUCAAAGGUUUGGUGAAGCUUCUGCAUGGGCGUCCGUUGAAAAAGAACAGGCCCCACUCUGACCUCUGGCAGCAGCUCCAGGCUGCGAUCGUCUGUGGUGGGCACUUGAUCGAGGUGCGGAAGGUGGUUUCCCAUGGUGACAUUGACAAAGCCACGGGGCCGUUGGAGCAUUGGGCUUAUUGGCACAACAGUCUCACCGACCGGGCUGCAGAGGCCAUCAAUAACCGCAGGUCCUCUGUUUUCUGGUCAGCGUGGGAAGGGCUGCGAGCUGCACAGACCUUUCAUCGACAGUUGCAUGAUGCGAUCUUGAAGGUGUUGCUACAAACUUCGAAGCUGGCUGCCAAAGUUCAGAAACCUCCGGCAUCUCCGGUGGCAGAAGUGAUCGAGGCUCCUUUGCCUCCUCCGCCGACACAAUGGAGUAUUCCGACGAAGCUGAUCCGCCGGUAUGGGCAGGUGAACCUCCAGAAGAUUCACAGCUGGUGGACAGCCCAAGGUGUUGAGAUGGUACAAGGCAGUGCGCCACUGGUCUAUGUUGCUGGUAUCCAAUUGUUCUAUGCAUUCAACCUCUACACUGGAUAUGGCGGUCCUUGGUGUUGUAAGAAACGUUGGUAUGCGACUGAACAAGAGGUUCCAGUGAAAUCUCGAACAAGGUGGGGUGAGCGGUGCAAACUGUUCAUUUCUCUGUUCAAGUGCUACCUCAAGCACAAUGGGAUGACCUUGCCACAACGCCUUGCGAAGCCCAAAUCUGCAUCACUGGCUAAAUGGCUGGUGUGUUUUCGAGUUAGGCUUCCUCAGACCAAAAUCGAUGAGAUAGAUCAGCACGUUCUCACACUAUUGGGUCGCCAGGCAGCCACACAUCAAGAUGUGAGUAGCUUGGUGCCGGCCAGACUCGAUUGA